UUGUUUCAAAACUUAGGUUCAAAGUGUUAUUCGAAUGUCGACAGAAACUAUUAUGACCAAAAGAUACUUAUGCGUAUAAACAAUACUUUCUCUGCUGGUUUGCCUAUUGUUCAUUCGAAUGCAGAAUUUUCAACCUUAGUGAACUCAAACACUUUGGCAAGUAUAACGUUGACAUUAGUUGACGCAAACUUUGUUCCUGUAAAACUUUUAUGUCCUAUGUAUUUGUCAAUGACGGCAGAAAGUUUCGAAUUGGAAGAUGCAACUGGUGAAAGUAUUGUAUUACAAGAACAACUUCAACAACAAAUAGCUCAAGAACAACAAAUGCAACAAAUGCAACAAAUGCAACAACAAAGUCAAGAAUAA